UAUUACCUUUUCCAAGAGACCAGAAACAUGGACGCACGAGCCUUGUCCUUCUCCGUUCUCGUCAUUCUGAUUGCAUCGGCGACUUUGGCCAAUGGUUACUCUCCUCCUACUCCUCCUCCAACCACCGUAUACCCCACCGUGAAAACCGUGGAAGCGGCGGUAGAAGGAAUGGUGUACUGCCAAUCCUGCGACAAAUACGGAUCAUGGUCCUUGGCCGGAGCAGAAGCCAUAGCCGGAGCCAAAAUCAGCAUCAUCUGCAAGAACCACAGGCAGCAAGUGAGCUUCUACAAAGUCUUUCAAACUGAUUCGUACGGUCACUUCUACGGUGAGCUCAAAGGUUUGAAGAUGACUCCACAUUUCUUGGACCAUCCUCUUCACGCUUGCCGUGCCAAGCUCGUCUCUUCUCCUCGCGAGGACUGCAAUCUCUUCUCCAACAUUAACAAUGCUCUGGACGGUGCUUCCCUACGUUAUGAAGAGAAGAGGCUCAAGUGGAAGAACUAUGAGGCUGUGGUUUACGCCGCUGGUCCAUUGGCUUUCCGUCCUGACCAUUGUCCCGCUACUACUGCACCACCUCCUACUUACUGAUUCGAGUUUGCGUUUUUGAAGAUCAUCAUAAUAUACUAAUUAUAUAAAGAAAAAUGUUUCCCUUUUUUAAUGGUUUGCCAAUUGUUUGUAAGAUGAGUUAUGCGUUGUGUAAUAUUGUAAUGGGACUCUUGUGACUCCUUUGA